AUGGAAAACCAUGAGAUGAUGAUUGGGCCAAGACCGAAUAUAUCACUGGUUCAAAACCAGCAGCUGGGAUUAAGACAUGGUCAGAAUUUGGUAGUCGGGCAGAAUCAGAAUCACAAUAUGCAAUUAGGGCAUCCCCACAAGCAUGAAAAUGGUAAUCAAGAUAUGCAUUUAGACCGUGAUUACAUGACAGCUAUACCACAUCCACAAAACCUCGGAGAUGCAACCGAGUUUGAUGACAGCAAUCAUCAUCAAGACAACAGAUACAACGAAAAUGAUGAAGAGGGUGAUGAUAAUCUCGAUCAUCAUAUCAAUCAAGACACAGUCAAAAACCAUGAUUCACAAUUAGUUUUAUCCGAAAACCAUGGUUUAGCAGUUGUAGACGAAAACCUAGACAUCAUGGUGCACCAACACCCGCACCAUGAAAUGGGUCUGGUUCCUAUAUCGGUUCAGCAUCCGGAAGUUGUGGUGACAACACCCGUGAUCCAGACCCGAACAUUAGUCCCUUCACCAAACUAUGAACUAAUGGUGGGUCAAGAAUUUCCUGAUGUUACAAGCUGUCGAAGGGCACUAAGACACACUGCUAUCGCGCUCCAUUUCGAGAUCCAAACCGUUAAAUCCGACAAGACACGGUUCACCGCCAAGUGUGCGAGCGAAGGCUGCCCGUGGAGAAUCCACGCCGCAAAGCUGCCCGGGGUGCCCACUUUUACAAUCCGCACCAUUCAUUCCGAACACACGUGUGGUGGAAUCGCGCACCUUGGCCACCAACAAGCUUCGGUCCAAUGGGUCGCGAAUUCGGUCGAACAACGGUUGAAAGAAAACCCGCAAUGUAAACCGAAAGAGAUUCUUGAAGAAAUUCAUCGUGUUCACGGGAUUACAUUAUCAUACAAACAAGCCUGGAGGGGUAAAGAGCGGAUCAUGGCUGCUUUACGGGGUUCUUUUGAAGACGAUUACCGUUUUCUCCCUCAAUAUUGUGACCAAAUUAGACGCACGAAUCCCGAGAGUAUCGCGUCUGUUUAUGUAAACCCUACGGACAACUGUUUUCAACGGUUGUUUAUCUCUUUUCAAGCUUCGAUUUACGGGUUUUUGAACGCGUGUAGACCGUUGCUCGGGCUCGAUCGGACCGUUUUAAAAAGUAAAUAUCUCGGGACGUUACUUUUUGCGACGGGUUUCGACGGUGACGGGGCGUUGUUUCCGUUAGCUUUUGGGGUUGUAGAUGAAGAAAAUCACGAAAAUUGGAAUUGGUUUUUAUCAGAAUUACAUACUUUGUUAGAAAUAAACACGGAAAAUAUGCCGAGGCUUACAUUUUUAUCGGACAGACAAAAGAAUAUAGUCGAGGGGGUGGAAUCGAAAUUCCCAACCGCUUUUCACGGGUUUUGUAUGCGACAUUUGAGCGAAAGCUUCCGGAAGGAGUUUAACAACUCGAUGUUGGUCAACCUUUUAUGGGACGCCGCUAACGCGCUAACUGUCAUGGAUUUCGAAUCGAAAAUUCUUGAAAUCGAAGAGAUUAGUCAAGAAGCCGCGUAUUGGAUUCGACGGAUUCCCGCACGGUUAUGGGCCACCGCGUAUUUCGAAGGGACCCGGUUCAGUCAUUUGACGGCGAACAUAGUCGAAUCGUUUAACGCGUGGAUUCUAGAAGCUUCCGGGCUUCCGAUAAUCCAAAUGAUGGAAUGUAUACGGAGACAGUUGAUGACUUGGUUUAACGAGAGACGUGAAGCGAGUAUGCAGUGGACAUCGAUUUUGGUUCCGAGUGCGGAAAGACGGGUCUCGGAGGCGAUUGACCGAGCCCGGACUUAUCAAGUUCUUAGAGCAAACGAAGCGGAAUUUGAAGUUAUAUCCCAUGAAGGGACGAAUAUUGUUGAUAUUAGGAACCGGUGUUGUUUGUGUCGUGGGUGGCAGUUGUACGGGUUGCCAUGUGCUCACGCAGUGGCGGCUCUGCUCUCGUGCCGCCAGAAUGUUCACCGAUUGACGGAAAGUUUUUUCACGGUGGCGGCGUAUAGGAAGGCGUACUCGCAAACGAUUCAUCCGGUUCCUGAUAAAACACUUUGGAAGGAAAUGAGUACGGGUGACAUGUCACUAGCGGAAGGUGGUGGUGGUGGUGGUGGUGUGACGGAAAUUGUUAUUAAUCCUCCGAAAUCUCUCCGGCCACCGGGGAGGCCGAGGAAGAGGAGGGUGAGAUCGGAGGAUCGGGGGCGGGUGAAGCGAGUCGUGCAUUGUAGUCGGUGCAAUCAAACCGGCCAUUUUAGAACAACUUGUUCGGCGCCUAUAUAA